AUGGCAACGGAGCCGUCCGCGCUACCCGAAGACCUCCAGGCGGAGGUCCUCCGGCGCCUCCCGCCGCAUGUCCUGGCCGCGUCCCGGCGGGUCUGCAAGGCGUGGCGCGACUUGGUCGACGCCCGUCUGCGAGGUUACCUGCUCUCGCUCUCCGUCCGCGGCAUCUUCCUCAACUACGACGAGCUUGACUUCUCGGAGUUCUUCUCGUGUCCCUCGACGGGGCCGGCGAUCCACGGAGGGCUCGGCUUCCUGCCCUGCGACGGCGUCAAGGUCACGGACCACUGCAACGGGCUCCUGCUCUGCAGCGAUGGUGGUGGGGAGCGCGACUACGUCGUCAACCCGGCCACGCGGCGGUGGGCGCGGCUGCCACCACGCCCUCGGCCGUGCAAAAGGAAAUUCGGCCACAUCGCCUACCUCGCGUUCGACCCCGCCAUGUCGCCGCACUACCAGGUUUUCCUGAUCCCGCGCCUGCCAAUGCCUUCCGCGUCUAGGAAACCCGACGACAACCCAUUGCUUCAACCCGAGUGGCCUCCCGCGUCGUACGUGCUGCAUGCGUUUUCCUCUACGGCUCAUAGGUGGGACAAGAUCACCUUUCUUCGGGAAGGGAAAGCUGCGGGGAUCCUAGCCGACAUGGGUUCGGAUCUAUGGUAUGGUCAGUACCAUGCCGCCUACUGGGGAAGUGCGCUCUACUUCCAUUGCCAGCAUGGCUAUCUCACCAGACUGUCCAUCUCAAAUCGCACGUACAGAGUAGUUAGACUACCAGGUGCGGAUGAAUUCGAAGCAUAUCACAACCGCCAUUAUUUGGGGACAUCACUCAGAGGGGUGUAUUGCGCAAAAAAUAAUCGCCGGCUUGGACUUCAGCUUUGGCACCUCGAUGAAUCUCGCGGUCCAACAGAAUGGGUGUUGGUACAUGAUGUGGAGCUCGAGACCUUUGCACGCAGAUUCCACCCAAGGGAGGAGGGCCAUGCUAAAAAAUUACACAAACAAUGGAUCCUACAAGAUGUUAACUACCGCAAGGUCCUUGAGAAGUACAAUCCUAACGGAUAUGAAAACUGCGCAGCACCAGUGGAAGAGAAAUACGACUGGAACUCCGAUGAUGAUAACGUUCUUGAUCACAUCGUCGAAGAUACCACUGAAGACUACAGCGAAGAUUAUUGUUUCCUUGGAUUUCAUCCUCAUAAAGAGAUUGUCUAUUUGAGUUUAUCAGUAGGAAGAGGAGUGGCCUAUGACUGGAACAACUCGAAAUUUCAGGACUUGGGCAGUUUACAUCCAAAAUAUUAUUAUGACAUGGACCAAAGGAUAGAGACAUCUUUCACGUACACACCUUGCUGGAUGGGCCAGUUCCCUGGAAACGAGCUGAAAUCUCAACUUGAAGAUGAGAAAUUAGCUAGAAGAGAAAUGAAAUUGCAAUUGGAAUCUCAACUUGAAGAUGAUCAUAACUUCACUUACACAUGUGUGGACGAGUAUGAGAUGCGCAAGCUCCGGGGGCAUGCCAAGAGGGCCAAGGACUCUGCCGCCAAAAUUCGCCGCAGACACCGCAACACGGGUCGGUAG